GAUGAAGUUUCAAGAUCAAGAAUGGAUGCAGAAAGAAAGAUACUGGAACAUGGAGAUAUUUGCAGUAAACGUUUUGGAUGGAGGCGAAGAGGUCGUUGUCUGAACCUGGUCGUAAAGUCGAACCCGAGGAAUCCAUAAACUGGUCGGGCAACGGUGAUAUCGUGCUGAUGUCGUAGCUGCUAUCGAAUUAAACGCACCCUUCUUAUCCUGAUCGUACCCUGUUCCUGGUCCCUGGUCGAUUUGGAAACGAUGCUGGGAAUAGAACCCUUUUACGAGCCAUCGUGCUCCCCGUUACUCGACAAUCCGUUACACCAUCUUCCUCUCGUCGAUUUGCCUAACGAACACUCCUGGGUCCAUUUCGUCCCGCCUGACGUGCCCGGUGACUCGGAUCGAUGACUAUGACAAACAAAAGACAAGUUUCCUUUGUGGACAAAGUGUCGUAAUCCAGUGCAAAUGUAGAUCAGAAAUGCUCUGAAGAGAUAGUCCAUGGGAACCAUGGAUGGAAAUCUGACGAGCUUUUGGACGGGUAAUCUGACUGCUGUGCUGCAUCAGUUACCCUGCAAUGAUAGCCUCGUCGGAUGUGUCGACCAGUGCGCGAUGGAUCUCGGAUUCGAUCAUCUAUGCACCGUCGACAAACCUACCUCGAUGACCCUCUUUUGUACACCGUGCGAUUACUCUCGCUGCGACGUUAACGUCUCCUUGGUCGUCGGAGGACUCGACAGCUUCGAGGGCGUCUUCCUCUCUAGGAUACCCAGGUUCAGGUGCAAUGGGACUCUGGAUACUAAUCUAGAGGAUCAGAUCCUAGAGUGCACUCCAUCAGAGAAUUCGACGACAGAGGACCUGACGAUCUCUUGUUCGCACCGGGCGAAAUUGAAUUCAGCGACGAGAGGUCGUCGUUUCGACUGGGGCUUCCUCUUCGUGGCGGUGUUCAUCGUGGCAGGUGGUUUGGGCAAUAUACUGGUCUGCCUGGCGGUCGGACUCGACAGAAGGCUGCACAAUGUCACGAAUUACUUCCUUCUGUCACUGGCCGUCGCUGAUCUGCUCGUCAGCCUUUUUGUGAUGCCUCUGGGCGCCAUCCCGGGCUUUUUGGGAUACUGGCCAUUCGGUGUUCUCUGGUGUAACGUUUACGUGACCUGCGACGUGUUGGCGUGUUCUGCGAGUAUCAUGCACAUGUGUUUCAUCUCGCUUGGUCGUUAUUUGGGCAUCCGUAACCCGCUGAGAACACGGCACACCUCCACUAAACGAAUGGUCGGUUUCAAGAUCGCGGCUGUUUGGCUGCUCGCCAUGUUGGUUUCCAGUUCUAUUACAGUAUUAGGUAUAAUAAAUCCAUCGAAUAUAAUGCCACGACCGGGUGCGUGCGUGAUCAACAACAGAGCUUUCUUCGUGUUCGGCUCGCUGAUCGCUUUCUACAUCCCCAUGAUCGUGAUGGUAGCCACGUAUGUGCUGACGGUGCAACUGCUACGACAGAAAGCUCGUUUCGUAGCGGAAUACCCUGAGAGAGAUCAAUUUCGCAGACUAGGUGGCAGAUACUCUUCGACGGCGAAAACCUCCUCGACGUCGACGACAGGAACUACUACCACGGCGUCGUUAUCCACUCGACACGCCUGGAGGACUUCCGGUACCGGUCUUGCUACCGAUAGAUGCAAGGGUGCAAGAACGGGCAAGCAGCAACCGCAGUUGAAUUUCAGCGUGAACGGGGCGGGCAGUCCGACCGGAAGCACCGUCGGGGCGAAACAGGGCUCGAAAGUGGAUCAGGCCACUCAAACGCCUGAGAACAUUGCCCGCGAAACAAGAAACUUCACUCUGAGAGCUUUGAAGCUGCAAUUGAACGUCACGCCUACUACCCUCAAUCUCAGGUUUCUAGCUGGUCGCACGAAGAGGAGGUCCAUGGCUGCCAACGCUGUGGCGACGGAACAGAAAGCUAGCAAGGUGUUGGGCUUAGUCUUCUUCACUUUCGUGCUCUGCUGGGCGCCAUUUUUUCUUCUGAACAUCUUCUUCGCCGCUUGCCCUGAGUGCUCGGUGCCCGUGCACGUGGUGGACACGUGUCUAUGGCUCGGAUACAUGUCCUCCACUAUUAAUCCCGUUAUUUAUACUAUAUUCAAUAAAACGUUCAGGGCUGCGUUCAUCAGGUUGCUGAAGUGCAAGUGUUCUAGAUCGGCAAGGCCAACAAGAUAUCGUUCAGUGACAGAAGGUGGACGUAACGCGAUGAGUCUGUGCACGCCAACAGCGCUUCCAUUGGCCAUUAGUCUUCAGGGAACGCCAUUGUUGACCCCGACAACGAAUCCCGCAGCAACCCCGGCUUCAGGAAGCUCGUACAUGACGAUGAUGCAUCGCACCCCCAGCUCCCUGUACCGUGACACCUUCCGUCAAGUCGAGCAUGAUCAGAAUUGCUGAAAAGCCCGAGUGAUUUUACCAUGUAACGGAUCUUGAAUGUUUGUAGAGAGGAGAUUUGUAUUUUCUUGUGGUCGAAUGAUCGAAACCAAAGAUUAUCGUUAAAGAAACCCCGUAGCAAUGUGGCUGUUAUAAAAAGAAUAGAGGUCAAAGUUUAUGAUUGCAUGAAAUAAACCAAAGAAUAGAGUAUACUGUUUCCCACCGUGAAAUCAUGUUGAACUUUCCUCGCUAACCUCCCGUAACUAUUGUCUGUGAUAUCGACAAAACAACUCCCUAAGUUUAUCUACCAUUGUCUGUCAUGGUGUACAUUGUUGAAGAUCAUAUGGCAUUAUUAUAAAAAAGUAACGAACGUUGAUACACAUGAUACAUGAAAUAAAAUAGUAAUUUAAAUAUUA